AUGCGUGAAAUCGCCCAUUUGCAAGCUGGCCAAUGCGGUAAUCAAAUAGGAGCAAAGUUUUGGGAGGUGAUCUCCGACGAGCACGGUAUCGAUCCCACUGGCACUUAUCACGGUGACUCGGAUCUUCAGCUGGAGCGCAUAAAUGUUUACUAUAACGAAGCGUCAGGGGGAAAGUAUGUUCCUAGAGCGAUUCUGGUCGACCUCGAGCCCGGGACUAUGGACGCGGUACGAUCGGGACCGUUCGGUCAGAUAUUUCGGCCGGACAAUUUUGUGUUUGGUCAAAGCGGCGCUGGGAACAAUUGGGCCAAAGGUCACUACACAGAAGGUGCCGAACUUGUCGAUUCCGUCCUCGACGUUGUACGCAAGGAAGCGGAAAGCUGCGACUGCCUACAGGGUUUCCAGCUAACUCACUCGCUCGGGGGUGGAACUGGCGCUGGGAUGGGAACGUUGUUAAUUUCGAAGAUUCGCGAAGAAUACCCGGACAGAAUUAUGAUGACGUUCAGCGUGGUACCUUCGCCAAAGGUGUCUGAUACCGUAGUGGAACCGUACAACUGCACUUUGUCGGUGCAUCAGUUGGUGGAGAACACGGACGAAUCUUAUUGCAUCGACAACGAGGCCCUUUACGAUAUUUGUUUCCGCACGUUAAAGUUAACAACGCCGACUUAUGGCGAUCUGAAUCACUUGGUGAGCGCGACUCUCAGUGGCGUGACCACCUGUCUCAGAUUCCCUGGCCAAUUAAACGCCGAUCUGCGCAAGCUCGCUGUAAAUAUGGUGCCCUUUCCUAGAUUGCACUUUUUCAUUCCCGGUUUCGCGCCGUUGACGUCCAGAGGUUCGCAGCAAUAUAGAGCUCUGACGGUUCCGGAGCUCACGCAGCAAAUGUUCGACGCGAAAAACAUGAUGGCGGCCUGUGAUCCACGUCACGGUCGUUACUUGACAGUGGCGGCCGUGUUUCGUGGGAGGAUGUCUAUGAAGGAAGUCGACGAACAGAUGCUCAAUAUUCAAAACAAAAACAGCAGUUACUUCGUUGAAUGGAUACCCAGCAACGUUAAAACCGCCGUUUGUGAUAUCCCGCCUCGCGGAUUGAAGAUGUCGGCGACUUUCAUUGGCAACUCGACAGCCAUUCAGGAGCUGUUCAAGAGAGUUUCGGAGCAGUUCACCGCAAUGUUCAGGCGGAAGGCUUUCCUGCAUUGGUACACGGGAGAAGGUAUGGACGAAAUGGAGUUCACCGAGGCGGAGAGCAACAUGAACGACUUGGUGUCCGAAUACCAACAGUACGAAGAGGCCACCGCCGACGAGGAGGGCGGCGAAUUCGACGAGGAAGAAGAGGGCGAGGGUGAAAAUCAGUGA